CUGGUACUGAUGAGCAGGUGGUCACAUGACGGGCGUAGGGGAAUGAUCCACUGGCUCACAUGAUGCACUGGCUUGUUAUAAUAGAGUAUAAAUUGCUCAGUGCCAGUGAUGUGGGUUCUGUCUCUGUUAAAAGAGGAAGUAUGUCUGAUACUGGACUGAGCAAAAAACAUGCCCUGCCCCUCAGUUAAGCUCAAGGUUAUAUCUAUUGUCUCUCUCUUCCUCUUAAUGGUAUAAAGACUGCUGCUUCACACAGCAGGAGGAGGAAAGUUGGCAUAAAGCUACUUUAGAUCAGUGCUGAUAAAUUGCUAGGGUAUGAGAUAACUGUCUAUAUCCUGCUGCAUGUGUCAUUCAGUGCAAGGUCACUGGGAGAGCCAGCAUUCCCACCCACUGUCAGUUGUCAACUUGAUGUAAAACUAGUUUCUGUGAAGCCUGCUCAUCUAUUGCAUAGCACAUUGUGCAAUUACACUUUUUUUUUGCACUUUUUCUACAUCCUCAGUGACGUGUGGAUUUAGUUGGAGUGACAUCAUAAUAACAUUAUUCAAGAAAAAAAUGCAGUCAGCAGGAGGAGGAAAACAGAAUUUUGAUGAUUUACCAUCUACAUUUGCGAUAGUGGGCACUAUAGUCCAUUCAACAGAACUGAGCACUAUAACUGUUAUAGAGAAUGGUGUGUUGCACGUUGCAGAUGGAAAGAUUGUGUCUGUGGGUUCCGGAGGUGAUGCGCCUGAAGGGGUUACCAUAGUGCGUCUAACGUCAAACCAGUUCCUGAUGCCCGGCCUCAUCGACUCGCACAUCCACGCACCACAGUACCCGAACAUGGGCCUCGGCUACGACAAGACUCUACUAGAUUGGCUCGACACAUAUACCUACCCUAUGGAGACCAAGUACAGUGAUGUCGAAUUUGCACAAACUGUUUACAGAAAAAUUGUGGAAAGAACUCUGCAGUGCGGGACGACGACAGCGUGCUACUUCACGACGAUCCACCCCGAGACGGCGCUGCUGCUGGCCCAGGAGGCGGCGGCGCAGGGGCAGCGCGCACUCGUCGGCAAGGUCUGCAUGAACGUCAACGCACCUGACGACUACACUGAGACUACGGAACAGUCCGUCACGAGCACCCAGCAGUUUGUACAGGACGUCGCCAAUCUGGGGUGUGAUUUGGUAAAGCCAGUCAUUACACCACGAUUUGCCAUUAGCUGUGAUAUGGAACUCAUGACGAAGCUUGGGAAGUUGGCUCAGCAGAAUAAUCUUCAUGUACAGUCGCACAUAUCGGAAAAUGAGGGCGAGGUGCAGACAGUUGCAGAAAUGUAUCCUGACUGUGCGAACUAUGCCGAAGUGUACGAUAAGGCAGGUUUACUGACAAGCAAGACAGUGAUGGCCCAUGGAGUCCUGCUGAAACCUGAAGAAAUCACUCUGCUGAAGGAGAGGGGAACAUCGAUAUCCCACUGUCCCACAUCCAACAUCAACCUACGUUCGGGUGUCUGCCCCGUGCGGACGUUGCUACAGUCUGGCCUCACAGUCGGUCUCGGAACAGAUGUGUCCGGAGGCAGCACAGAGUCGCUGCUGGAUGUGAUGCGCAGUUCCCUCAGCGUGUCUGUGCAGAAGGGCUUUGACGACAGCUCUCAGCAGCCUCUGAGUUACCAGGAGGUCUUCUACUUGGCCACCAUGGGAGGAGCCAAUGCUCUCUCUAUGGGCAACGAAGUGGGGUGCUUCAAGGCGGGCAUGCAUUUUGACGCGCUGGUUGUCGACUUGAAUGCCGGCCCCGGCACUGUCGUCUUUGAAGACCUGCCACUGAAGCCCCUGGAAAUGGUGCAGAAGUUCAUCUACUGCGGUGACGACCGAAAUAUCACCGCCGUGUUUGUCGAAGGGCGCGAACUCAAGGCGACAGCAGCAGCCGACGUGCGGCAGUUUGACUGACAAACUGCCGAGCCGGGUACAGCAGUGUGCUGCUUAAGUGCAGGUGAUUGGGUUAGCAAAACUGGCAAUUUUAAGUUGUUAUACCAAAAAGAGGAAGAAUAGAAAAUAAUUGCACAGUAUUUGAGCAGCUUUAAGAAAUCAAGUGGCAUUAUUAUGUAUAUUCAGAACAUUUGCUCAACAUGGUGAUGAAGAAAUAAUACACGCAUUUCCUGGUAUCUGGAUAGAAAUGAAAAGACCUUAUCUCUGUCUGUGGAUAGUAUCAGUGAAAGAAAACAAUUGUUCUGUCGAGAUUUUACUGCCUUUAAAUGUUACCUCAAAUGUAAACAUCACGGGUUGCUUAUUAAGUAUUUCAUAAGAAAGAUAUUUUGGUACACCAUUAAAGCAUUUAAUUACAGUAUACAACAAUAACUGACAAAGUACUUACAUAACGUAUUAAAUGUUGUGUCCACUAAGAUACUUAAGUUUUUCUGCUGCUUAGUAAUAACUGUUUUUUUAGAAUACUUGUGUGUUUUUGUACUGAAGUUUAUGUCAACCAUUAUGAAUUUUUAAUAAAAAGGUAAUGCAUUUUAGCACAUAACAUUA